GCCGUACCUACUACCCCCAAGGUGACUGUUGGCAUCACCAGAGGACCUAGGCCGGCGAAAGGGGCGAUGAAUAGUUGGGGCACCGUGGUUAUUCUCAAUCUUGCGUGCGUAGUAAAGAAGAAAAGAAGCUAUCGCGGGUGGCCUGGUUGAAAGGCAAGAUACGUGCUGUCCGAGUUGACCACGAGUGGGUGAGUUUAAUCGGCGAGAGCUGGCGAUGCCCAGCAUUGCGACAGUAACAUCGACUACACGCCACCAUACGACGGUGUAUCCAGAACAUCCCUACUUUCGAGGACGCAUAAUACCCAGAGCGUCGACAUCUUAAUUCCAGGGAGUGUGCUUCCAAUGGUGUCGGCACUCAGUUAUCUCGUUAUCCAGUUAUCUCUAGCAUUGUCAAAAUCCGUAAAAGCUAAAAUUUUUGAAUACGCAAGAAGAAACUACUUCACUAGAACAAGCGCAGUGAGAUCCCUGACACAAGGAGCUAACUUUGCCUCAAACAUGAUCCUCUCCGGCAUCGCUCCUACAAUCGUAUUUGAGGCGUUCGUGCAUUUUUCUCUUCAUCCCAUGAUUGUUAUCCUGGGGUCGGAAGCAUUGGGUGGUGCAUCGUUUUGCAGUUACGACGCAGUAUGUCCAAGAGUCUGUGGCCUACCUGUUGGCAAAAGUCCUGCUCGUCAACGACACAAAAAUAUACGGGUUUCUGAGCCGAGCGACGAAGAAGUUUUCCGUCGAAUCUGCCCGUUCUGGUCCAGGUGGACAGACAGUCAUCGACGGGGCUCGGUUCCCACUACACUUGGAUAUUUCAUCCUGGAGACGACGACUGAUGCCGUCCUAGGUUGUUGCCUUCCACUAAGUCCAAGCUCAUGCCAGGCUGGGAACUUUCAUAACACCUCUUGUCAGCCCGGAAGCCUCGAACUUGAGUCGGAUGAGUACUUUGAUCCAGUUACGCAUAAUCUAUGGAAAGACGGACUAGACGUACUAGAUGAUGGGCUGCUGGGUGUAGAAAGGCUGUUCCGGGGGACCGGCUAGAUAGAACUACAUAGUAUUGCCAAAGGACAUUAUGGAGAAGAGCGAGGGUAGAGAUCUUUCCUCCCCACCGUUAAUUGUAACUUGUGGAAUGUAGAAUGGCGCCAUGUACUCACCAAAAUAUCAAACCAGGAUGGUUAUCACCGAGGGGCGUUGCUACACCGGGCUCUAAUACAGAGUUAAAUAUUCGUUCAAAAAUCUUGAAGCGGAAGCUCGACGGGCUGCUGCCUGGAUUCAUCAUUCUUGGGACUGCUAGACGAGACGGGUUUCCCGAAAUGAUCGCUCAGGACGUUUUCUUGAUCCAGAGCCAGGCCUCCAGCAUCGCCAC